UUCUAAAACUAUUUUCAACCAGUGAUAAAACUCAUUAAAAAUAGAUGUACUACGGAAAUGUUAGAUUUGUAUCAAUUUAAACAUAUUGUAAAUUGUUCGAGAAACACAACAUGACAUCUUGGACUAAAGAACUGGAUGAAGCAGCUGUAUUGGCAACAAGCAAAGGAACUUGGCAUAUUUUUCUGUUUUACCUUCUUUGUAGUUUGGCAGCUAUACCAACUUCAUUUUUAGUCUUCUCUCAGGUGUUUACCAAUGCCACACCGGAACAUUGGUGUGCUCCACCCCCAGUGCUCGAAGGUCUGUCGCUACCUGAUACAUUGCUUAGAGACCUGACAGUACCUAAAGAUAAUGGGGUCUUUGAAUCAUGUUCAAGCUACACAUUAGACACGAAAACUUUGCUCGAAGCAUUAAAUGAUUACGUCGAUGAAAGAACGGGUAUACUACAAAAGGAUGGUGUCCUUCAGACGAUAAAAACUCAUCAUCUAAUACCUGCGACUGGAAUCGAGGAACGUGAGAAACAAAUCGCAAGAGUGACAGAAGCAGUAACAUUUAUAAGAAACAAGACGACUAAAUGCAAUACUGGAUGGCGAUUCAGUACCGAUCAAUAUCCGAGGACUCUUGUUACGGAGUAUUCUUUGGUGUGUGAAAAAGAAUGGCUAGCGCGAAUUAGUUAUACACUUUUUUGGGUCGGAUCAAUAUUCGGUAAUCUUCUCUUCGGCUGGAUGUCUGACAGAUAUGGGAGGCGGACGACAAUUUUGCUGAUGAUCUGUCUUGAAGUGCCGUUAGCAAUAGCAACAGCGUUCCCUGAUUCGUACACAACUUACAUAUUCCUCCGCAUUAUCGGUGGUCUAUUUUUCCCGGCGUUAUAUCAACAACCCUUUAUAUUGGCUUUAGAAUUGAUGCCACCUACUCGAAGACCAAAUGUAGGAAUCGUUGUGGGAAUGCUCUUCGCUGGAGGAAUCAGUUUAUUGGCGGUUAUCGCUUACGUGGUCCGAGAUUGGUUUCACCUAACCUUAGCAACAAGUGUACCCUUCGUUCUGUGUUUUGGUUACUACUGGUUGAUACCAGAGUCGCCGCGAUGGCUUGUCGGUAAAGGUCGCAUUAUCGAAGCCGAAGAAGUACUCAGAACGCUAGCUAGGAAAAACGGAAUCAAUUUGUCUGAAGGAUUUCUUUUCAAUAUACAUAGGAAGCUUGUAAACGAAGAUAUCCGAGAAGAAAGCACCAAAACCAUUGCUAUCAAUAAAAAUAAGGUUGAAAUACCAGAAAUUGUUGAAAAUGAAAAUGUUAAUUGUAAAAUAAAUAACAUGCUAAUUUUUAAUCCUGAUGUUACAAUAGUAUCUAAAAAUAAGAUGAUAAACUACAGAAAUGCAGUAACAAAAGACUCAAAAGAAAUUAAUAUAGCUGAAGAAAGUACAGAUCUUUUAGAAGAACUGCAAUCUCUAAAUUUGCAACCAAAAACGAAAACGGAAACUACAACCCAAAAUACAACAAGAAUAUUUAUCAAUAAUGGAAUCGAUGAGGCCGACAAUAAAAUUAUGAAUGAUCCCUCAAACGAGAAUUACGAGGCAUCUCUCUUAGACAUAUUCAGAUAUCCAAAUAUAAGAAAGAAAUUUCUACUUUCAACAUUUGAUUGGUUGUCGUUAGGAGUAAUUUACAAUAGUUUAAGUUAUAACACAUCCAACUUAGGAGUCAAUGACCAUUUGGCAUUCUUUAUUGGUGGAGUAGUGGAGAUCCCUUCUUACAUAGUGGGUUGGCACUGCAUGGAACGUUAUGGUCGUCGAUGGGUGCUCUGCAUAUUUAUGUUUAUAGGUGGACUGGCUUGCUUAAGUUGUGCGCUAGUUCCUGAUGAUAUGCCAUGGGUCACUGUUGCCCUGGCAUUGUCAGGAAGAUUAUUCGUAGCGGCAGCUUUUGCGGUAUUCUAUGUUAUGAUAGGAGAAUUACUACCAACGGUGCUAAGAGCUCAAGCUAUUGGAUUGGCAUCAUUUAUUACCGGCUUAGGUCUUUUAGCCUGCCCUUACAUUGUACAUUUGGCUGUUUAUGGUCGUAAGCUACCGCUGUUUUUGAUGGGCUUGCUAAGUAUUUCAGCUGGAGUGAUACCACUGUUCCUGCCUGAAACGCUCAAUCAACCGCUACCACAAACAUUAAAAGAUGGAGAAGUGUUUGGUAGAAAUACUAAAAUAUUCAGUUGUGCAGCUUCUAGAUAUUGA